AUGUCGCAAUUCAAUGAGGCAGGACCAAGCAAUCUCAUCGAGGUGACCUCUCCGGAGCAUUUCACCGAGAUCAUGCAACAAGACUUGACUCGAGUCUCUCUUCUCAACUUUUACGCUCCAUGGGCCGAACCAUGCCGGCAGAUGAACGAGGUUGUCCGCGAAAUUGCCAUCAAGUAUCCUCAGGUCCUUUGCCUCAUCAUCGAGGCCGAAUCUCUUCCCGACGUUUCUGAAUCAUUCGACAUUGAAGCAGUCCCCUCCUUUGUCUUGCUCCGAGGGCACACUCUUCUUUCUCGCAUCAGUGGUGCUAACGCGUCAGCCCUCUCCGCCGCUGUUGCCACUCACGUUGCCCCAACUCGCGUCAACGGAACCGGCAGCGUAUCCAAAACUUCUGCUGCUCCCCGCGCCGCCGCUGACACAUACGACGCAUCCACACGCAACGGCACCGCAGCAACCUACGCAGAUGACCAAGACGAGGAAGACGUAGUCCCCGAGACCGAAGAACAGAUCUUUGCUCGAUGCAAGAAACUAAUGGAACAGAGCAAAGUCAUGCUCUUCAUGAAGGGUGAUCCUGAUACACCCAAGUGCGGGUUCAGUCAGAAGACAGUCAACCUUUUCAGACAGGAGAAGGUCGAAUUUGGUCAUUACGAUAUUUUGAAGGAUGAAAACGUUAGACAGGGAUUGAAGAAGUUAAAUGAGUGGCCCACUUUUCCUCAGAUCAUUGUGAACGGAGAGUUGAUCGGCGGACUGGAUAUCUUGAAGGAGAGCAUCGAGAGUGGGGAGUUCCAGGAGAUGCUUCAGGGCUGA